AUGUCAUUUGACAUUCUCCAGCUGGAAACUGCCUCCUCAACGUAUGCUGUGUCUACAGAACAGUCCAACGAAGAGAUCAGAGAGAGAUUUUAUGCUGGUGUUACUGUAACAGCUUGUCUUUUCGCCUUUGUGUCAUGCCUUUGUUUGGUAAUUACUGUGCCGAUUUUAUGCGAAAAUGUGAUCGAAAUCAGCGAAAGGAUGUAUGAUCAAGCGCAGAGUUGCAAUGUAAGUUUGUAAAAGCGACUGGCAUUUUGAGAUCUCUAUGGCAAAAAUGUCAUAACUUUGAGAGAAGAAAUAUCAGAAUUUUGGGUUUAGGAAUCAAUGGAAGUCCUCAAAUCCCAACUCCGAUUUGUCGAUGCUUACCGUUCGUAUCUCCAAAAUCUGACGCUUUCUCGGAAUGCCAGAUACGCGCCAUAUAGACAAUUGCCCUACGGCUACGCUCAUCAGCCCAAGAAAAACUGUUGUAUCCCCGGACCGCCCGGCACACCAGGACGGCCAGGUCACAAUGGCUUGCCCGGAAUGCCUGGAGCGGCGGGGAUACCAGGACAGCCGGGAAAAAUGGGGCCUGUUCCGUGUGAAGGUAGGAAAAUUUGCAGUCGAAAUUUUUUGCAGCUUCAAGCGCUACUCAAAGAAACUUUACCUUCUUCUUUCAGCGAUUCCGUCUUGUCCCCCUUGCCCGAUUGGAGAGCCUGGUGCGCAAGGGCCUAAAGGAGAGCCAGGUGACGAAGGAACUCCUGGCCAACCGGGGAGAGAUGGGCUGCCUGGAAGGCCCGGAACUUGCGGAGCAAAAGGCCCUCCGGGACCGCCGGGACCUCCAGGACGCCCGGGAUUGCGAGGCGACGUCGGAGUGACACCAGUGGCAGCUCCACCAAUUCCGGGGCCGGCUGGACUGCCAGGGGUAAGUAAAAACUUUGCUUUCAACAAAGAAACCAUGAGUUAGACUUCUAGAACCUCCCAAAUAAAUUGUAACCUUAUUUUACAGCCAAUGGGUCCGCCUGGCCCACCAGGUCCACCUGGACCGGACGCGAUAACUAUGGAUCUCAUACCAGGGCCUAAAGGGCCUCGUGGCCUCCCCGGAAAAGACGGAUUGCCUGGUCCUGCUGGCCCUCAAGGACCUCCUGGCCCUCCAGGAGCGCCUGGAGAGCUCGGAGUAUGUCCGAAUUAUUGCGCCGUGGACGGCGGCGUAUUUUACGAUCCGGGAGGAGUUGCUAAAGUCCGAGCAUUCGAUGUUAUUAGCGAUGUUGGAAGAUAUCGACGGACUUUCGAUAAGAAGAAUGAAUGA